AUGCCCCGCUUGCCACCGCACAUCUCAAGAGACCUCGAUCUGGAAUGCCUGGAUGCGCAGCUCGAACAUAUAUGCGAUACCGAUACGCGUGUUGCAAAGCGGCGGAGAAUCGAGAAAAUCGCAACUCUUUGUAUGGAAGGGCAGCCGCCCGUAAUCAUAACUGCGGCGCUGAGGGGACCUUUUGACAAAGGAUGGAGGAAUCCUUGGGCCAGGGACCACAAAAAGAAGACUGUUUCCACGCAAAUUCGUCCACAGCAACGGAAAUCAACUGUCGUAACGUCCCAACCUCCUUCGCCCGAGACUAGAAGAGGAUUAGACGAUUCAAGCGUAUGCGACGACUACGUUUCCGAGCCAGAGCCUUCCUUAAUCCACUAUAAAUCCGAUGACCAACAUGCAUGGCUUAGCCGCAUCUCUUUCAAAGACGAAGGCCUUGAGAACUCCACCGGGGGGAACAAUCAACCCUCACCUUCACGCCCCCAAAAAGGCCUCCAAGCUGUCGAAAGUAAUGGGAUCAUUCGACUCACUUCCCCAGAAGUUGCAAGCCGACCAACACAAUCUUCGCCAGGACCAAGACAGGGACUGCUGGAUGAGGUCUGGAGAUCGAGCGCAUCCGCGUCCAUGCUGAUAUCUUCCCCUACCAGAACUAGUACAUGCACAUCGACAAAUAAGGGACGACAUACCAAAACUACAUAUCGGAGCACACCAAACGAUGUUGCUCAUAGCACGAGUACCGUCAUCGUUCCACGCACCGUGAAUGGGGGCCAAAACGAGUCGCUGGGUGCCCAAACACCAUGGAAUCCAGUCAAUGGCACGCUAUCUGGUAUUGAUACAACUCCCACGGUUCCAGCUACAGAUCCCAAGCAAGCCAUGCCACCUCCUAACUUCACAGCCAUCAAUACUGGUGCGCACAGGCAAGUAACAGAUAGGACAGUGACAAGGACCAUAAGCAUAGAGGACGCGAGUUCAGAUAUCAAGGAAGGCCGUGCUGGAGCUACAGCCCUCGCUCUUAGCGCUAUUCUAUCUCGCAGGCCCUCUCGCAUCGAUAUACAGCAGUCAGCCGAGAAUUGCGUUAAAGCCUGCGCAGGUAAGAAACGGAAUGCAUCUGGGACUCGCGGGCACAGCCUAGUUGCCUCGCCUGCGUUGGGCUCCUCUACAGGAUUCAGAUAUAAAAAAGCCGGAGAAUCCCGACCUAGAAGCAACAGGGCGAGAGGAAAAUCGGAAAUGGUUCCGACGUCUGCAGUGAUAGCUGGAGAGGACUCAAGUCGGGCAUUCGAAAGCAGAUCAGCACGCAAAGAUGUCUAUGAGAUACCGACACAGGCAUCUCUUGAUGACAGUGCUCAAGAAAGCUCCAAGAUGAGCGAAAACUCUGCGUUUUCGACUCAAGCAGCCAUGUUACUGGCUCACCUGGAGUUUCAAGAGAGCAGCAAUAGUACACCCCGGGCGUCACUCCCGUCCCCCGAAGAAACACCACCCGAAGAGCACGUCACAUUCACACCUUUCUCCAUGUUUAAUGCGGAGCUGGACAGGCACUCGGCCAUGCAGCCAGGACAAGAUGUACCGAUCAGCACGCAGGAUUUGUUUGCUGCAGCGUCACCGUUUGCUUUCAGUACAGUGAAGAAGAAGGACUCCAGAGCCAUAGGCAGCAGUCUCAAGUUCUCCGUCUACCCUACUGAACAACAAGAAGGGGCAAGUAGCAGAAAGAGCAGGGUGCAAAGCGCUACACCGUCAGAGCGGAUGCCGCUCAAGGAGAAGAACACGAGGGUGAUGUUUAGCAACGACGAGGCUGAAAAGGGGUCGCAAGAGUCUAUCAGGUCAACGAGAAUGCAGCUCAAGCUCCCGCAGUUGGAUCUGGGCAAAUCGUUUGGUGAUGACGGGCUGAGCAACCGCGAUCUGGACUUGACUGAUGGCUACCUACACAACCAUGAAGUUCAGUGA